AUGGGUAUCCUCAGCAAAUUGGUGAAAUCUACUGUCGCAGGCAGCGUCGCCUCUGUCGGUGUUUUCUGGGGGGCUACGCGCAAUGACUUAUUCCAGCCUAUGGACUCCUCCGACCCGAUCUUUCAAUCCGCCCUCUUCAACAAGUUCAACCCCAGUCGCAAUCCCACCCUUCACGAUGUUUGCGUUCGUCAGAUCCCACUAGAUAAGAUUCAACCCUCGCUGGUUGAGGAGAAGGGCAAGUUGGUGGAAGCCUUCUGUGCCGGUGUUUGGGGUGGCCUGGGAUUCAUCCCCCAGCGAGCCUACCUUGACCGAAAGUACCGUGGCCCCGAGACUGCCAGCCAUCUUUGGGAUCGAUCCGACCUCCUCUCGAACAACUACGAAGUAGGCACCAUCAUCACCGAUCACUUCGAGGUUGUCGAGAAGACUGAGGAUCGAAUUGUCGUCCGGUGUGGUGACUCUCCACGUAUCCGCGAAGUCCGAGACUCCGACGGCCUGUUCGAAAUCGCCGCCGUGGUCAAGAAGGAGCAGGGCGUGGCGGAGUUCAGUCUCAAAAGUUGUUUCUACAAAGGUCUUGGGAAGGCGGAAGGACCCCCCAUGGAUGAUAAGAUGGCUUGGGCUCACCGUCAAUACACAAAGCUUCUGUUGGAGACUGCUAUUCUGAAGAAGUGCGUCAAAUAA